AUGCAUAUCAAAGGGCUCAACAAAUCACAGCAAACUAACAAAACAUCUGUUGGAAGUGUUUCUAUUCCCUGCGUCUACAGCGGUUUACCACUUUUAGUUAAAUCGGAAAUUGAGAAGAAGAGUCCUUUUGUAAUUUUUGACUCACCAUGUCUCGCCGGCCUGUGUCUAAAUGCAGACAGAGAUGCCGAGAGUAGGGAACAACUAGGAGAAGCUAAAUUCAAAUGGACAUUUACAACGGCCUCUGGCGAUGUGGUCAUGCCAAGUUUCCUCUUUGAGCGCAUUGAAAUGAACGGAAACAGCAUCACAAUGACCGGCCUACGAAAAGACGCUGAGCUUUCAAAACUCCUCCCGAACGAGGGUCCUUUAGUGGGCAAGUGCAUCGCCAUGUUCCCCAGCAGCGCGGACCCCUCUGUCACCCAGGCAGUCGAUUCGGAUCCUUUCAUCGCUAUUGAAACCCGACCCGAACAGCCCCCAACCAUCCUGGAGGAGCUUCCGAGCGAAGAUGAGAAAUCAAAGGUCAAUAUAGGGGGCACAAAAGAUGGCAAGGUCACGGCUGAUGAGGGCGAUAGUGUUCUUUUGACCUGCGAUGUGCAAGAUCCAGCCACAGGUAAGGCCAUGAACAAUGUGAUCUACCAGUGGGUGAUUGAGCGUAAGGACGGAAAGCCCAUAGACACCAGUGCGCUGGCUAAAGAUGUGCAGUUCACGCCUGGUCCUGGCGGAAGUACUCUGCGUAUCAUUGGCCUGCGCGACACUGCUUCUGCCCUUCAGGCACGUUGUGUUGUCAUCAGCGAAGCCAGCGGAAUCAAUAGGGUGCCCGGUGAAAUGCCGGCUGGACCGCUGGCGCCAAAUGACCAGCUCGUCAGCAAGCCCAUUGAGUUUGACAUCAAACCAUCACCUGCCCCAGACAAGGAACCUGACUUCGAUGUCCUGCCAGAGCUCGAUUUGGUGUCCGAAGGAGAUUCCCGACGCAAGUACACGGUAGUUAUUGAUGGACUCGAUGAAUCUGGCCAGCUGUCUGCUCCUCGAGGUUCAAACGUCAUCCUCCGGGGUCGACUCAUAGAUCCAGAAACGGGAGAAGAGGUCAAGGAUGAUGUCGCCAGUGGAAGGACUCUGUUUGGUGUAGAGGUGCAGUAUGCGGAUGGUCGACCGGCUCCGAUCAGCACUCUCGCAGAACACUUGCACAUGAAUGCCGAAACAGGAGAACUGAAUUUGACGGGUUAUCGUGGUGAUGCACUGGGAGCUGAGGCCAAGGGCCUCAAGUUGAGAGUCGUUGCAGAACGCAUGUCCUGGUCUCCGGAAAUGACAGGAGGGGAAGAGGAAAAGCCGGAAAUUGGCACACUGCGGAAACCCAGCCGACAAAGAUUUGCCUCACCUUUCGUGACCGUUGGCCUUAGCAGCGAGGAGGAUGGAUCGUCUGUGCAUGAUCCCCGGAAGCCCAUUGAAGCCCUACCGGAUUUGACGCCCGUUGUAUUGGGUCUUAGCAAAUGUCGAACGCUUCCUCAAAAGGUCGACGGAGAUGCUACACUCAGAUGUAAAGUCAGGGGUGACGUAACUGAUGAAAAUGAUCUUAUCUUCGGCUGGGAGGUAAUCCGCCCAGACGGGAAGCCAGUACUGAUUACCGGCAACGUUGCCAAGUCCUUGGAAGUUGUCGGAAACAAACUGCAUCUCCGCCAGUUGCUGCCAGUUAAGGAUCGAUUUUUCGGCAGGUGUAUGGUUGGUCGCAAGGCCGGAAACAGAGCAAUCUACAAUAGUGAUUUCUUCGAGAUUGGGCCCGACUGCAAAUCAGAAUCAGACACUAAGGUGAGCGUCGGUGAAGUGCCAACUGGAUCGACACACGACCUCAAGUUCCGCUGCCAGGCUCACAACACGGAAACAGGAGAGUCCAUUUCAGCGGACAGCAUCUUCCUCUGGGAAUUCAAAACGACCUCCGGCGAUGUCGUAUUACCUAGCCAUCUUUUUGGAAAGGUCAGCACUUCAGGCGACACAAUUGAGCUUAGCCGCCUCCGUUCAGACAUCGAUAUUUCUGCCUACCUUCCUGAUGGCGAGGUCAUUGAGGGCCGAUGUGUACAACAAAGCAAAUCUGGCAACGAGACAGGAGUACCCUCCGAGCCAUUUAUUGUUAUUGGACCUUCCAAGCAGGACGACCCUCGGAAAUCGAAGGUCCCCGGAAUAACAGAUGUGUCUGACGCCGAUGACGAUAAACCAAAGGUUAAAGUGACUGGGGCUCCUAACCAAAUUGUAGCAGCCGACGAAGGACAGUCUAUCACUCUGACAUGCCAGGCCACGGAUGCGGUGACCAAUUCACCAAUAAAUGGCUUAACAUAUAAGUGGGAGAUUAGUUUGGCUGACAAUUCGCCCAUCGACACCGCAGCACUUGCUGAGAAGGUGGAAACAAUGCCUGGUCCAAACGGUGAGGAGCUCCGUCUGGAAGGGCUGAGGGAGACGGCUAACGGAUUACGAGCCCGUUGCAUUAUAUUGAAUACCACUGCGCCUGUUGACAUUCCGCCUGGCGCUCCUGAUGGUGACAAGGGUGUAUUGAGCCCUGGAGAUCGCCAAUCGGGCGAGUUUAUCCAUUUCGAAAUUAAACCAAGUCCAAGGCCUUCAGAGAAGCCUGAUUUCUCCACAAUUAAGGAGUUAGUUCCAGACGGCUUUAAACCAGAACUGCCAGGCAAAAUGGAACGUCGACAUUCCGCUCUUGACUCCAUGUAUAUUAUAAAUGAAUACCUUCUUGAGGCUGCACAUAUGCCGCACCGUAACCGAAAGGGCUGGGUUCAUAUCGAAAAUCCACUCAGUUUGGCGUUGAGAUAUGGCUGUCUGACGAUUGAAAACAAGUCAAAAGUGUUCAAUAUGGCCUCCGUUGCCUUUAUCUGGAAUAUUUACGUUCCAUCUGGUGAUCCAAAUACGAACUUCAAAGUUGAAGUCGAAGGACUGGACGAAACGAACAACCUGGGCGCUACCAGGGGAUCAGACGUAGUCCUCCGAGGCCGGCUCAUUGACACUCGAACCGGAGAAGAUGUAACAUCCUCCUUAGACGGGACAAUCUUUGGCCUGGAAGCCAGGUUCGCUGAUGGUCGGCCGGCCCCAGUGAGCAUGCUGGCGGACAAGGUCAUUGUGGACGCAAAGACAGGCGAGAUAAAACUGCAAGGCUAUAUGGGAGAUCUGCUUAAUCCCGACAGAAGGGAUCUGAGAGUACGUAUUGUCGCUGAGAGGACAAUCAUCCCGCUGGCCGAUAGCGCAGACAAGGUGUCGAAGCCAACCAGGCAGCGUAUCGCAUCGCCCUACUUCUUUGCCUACGCACGAGAUGAGAAUGGAAAUCAGAUUGCCGAUGCUCGCCCAGUGGCGCCUGAGUACUGGCCAAUCACGCCUAUUGUACGUGGCCUUAGCCCCUGCGGUAACCUGCUGUUUGAAGAGGGAAGCAGUGCCGUUUUACACUGCCUUGUCGAAGGUGAACCCGAGAUCCAUAGCGACUUUCUUUAUGGGUGGGAGUUCAUCUCCUCUUAUGGUAAACCUGUUCCUCUUGCUGGAGUUGCGACGUCAGCCCGUCAGGAAGGCAGUACUUUGGAGUUAAAUGAUCUGCAGAAGCUGCCGAUGCGUGUGUUUGGCCGGUGCGUGGUGGGCAGAAAGUCCGGUGGUAGCGCCCGUUACACGAGCCAUUACUUCGAGCUCGGAGGCGAAUGUGAUCCAUCUGCAAUUACACCAGUGCCGCCGCUCAAACCCGAAAUUCCUGCCACUCCGAAAAGUGAGUUUACUCCUAGAACGACGACACCUCACGCGCCAGGACCUGAGUCCCCGACGCCAGGCCCUGAGUCCCAGGCGCCAGGUCCUGAAUCCUCAACGCCAGGUCCUGAGUCUUCGACACCCGGUCCU